AUGGCGAAGAGCGAGGCUGAGUGGAAGAAGCAACUUAACGCACAGGAAUACAAUGUACUUCGCGAAAAGGGCACAGAGCGCGCAGGCACAGGGGAGUACGAUAAGUUCUACCCCAAGGCCGGCCACUUUGUUUGCCGCGGCUGCGGUCUUCCGCUCUACAGUGCUGAGAGCAAGUUCAAGUCCGGGUGCGGCUGGCCGGCCUUCGACCGGUGCUACAAAGGCGCCGUCCGGACCGAAGUGGACAGCUCGUUUGGUAUGCGGCGCGUGGAGAUCAUGUGCAGCAGCUGCGGCGGCCACCUCGGCCACGUCUUUGAAGGCGAACGCCGCCCC